GUGAAAUAAGUUAAAUAAUAAAAAAAAACAUGAUUAAACGUAAAUCAGUGGUUUUAAUCCGUUAAUUUCAAGUGAUAUCAAGCAAUAAUUUGAAAUAAAUACACCGUUUUAUUGGCAUAACGAAAAAUGAGUGUCGAUAUUUCUGCUGAAAUUAUACGAAAAUUAGAACACACACAUCCAGAGAUACGCACACGUGCAAUCAACAAUGUCCAAUCGAAAUUCCAAAGCUGUGGCAUCGAUUUGCAGGAUCUUACCGUGGACGUAAAUGAUUUAAUAAAACACCUUAUGCAUUGGUUUGAAUUUAAACCGGUCACCAAUGCCAACCAGAUAUUUGAAAUUCUAUUGCUACUACUGAAGAGUAAAUAUCAAUCGGAUGCUGUACGUAUUCUAAGUAGAUACAAUAAACGUGGUGACCUGCAAAGAAUCGGAAUCUUUGCGGAAGAUAGAAUCAGUAACGGCUAUUAUCAAGAAAUCAUUCGAAUUGUGAACGGUCACAAAGUGGAGUUUGAGCGGCCAGUUAAAGUCGAUGUUCAGUAUGAAGCGCCUCGCAUUCCGGAUGUCUUGAAUUUUCAGGAUAUCAAUGCAAAUAGCUACAAUACUGAUGGAUUACAAUACGAGACAGCUUGGGAAGAAGCUGGUCAAAAGGAAUUACAAGAGCUUUCACAGCUGAAAUCUUCAUUAUGCGCCAAAAAUAAUCACAUUGAACUGGAACAUGCGCUGCAGUAUUUUCAACAUCGUGUCAAUGAUUUCCCCGGUGAAUUCUUUCUUCAAUCUCCAUUUGUGUUCAUGAGUCUAUUGCAAUUGAUCGAGUGUGAAAAACCGAAUUUUGAUUAUACAACAGCAUUGACAUGUUGCUUGAAAUUAACACGGAGUUUGGCCCGGCGUGUUACAAUGCGGCGAGUGUCAAGUAUGCAUGUCGCUUUGAAAGAGCAUCUAACAAGGAAACAAAUUACAAUUGGAUCAUAUUGUUACAAGACAUUUGAGGCAGUGAUGAGCUUAUUACAAAAUACUUAUACCGAUUCGAAUUUGGCUUGUGUGAACGAAUGCUUUUUAAUUUUGAUUGAGGUUGUUGAGUUAGUUUGUAAACGGGCUGGUGUUUAUUCGAUCGACAUAGAUGCAGAAUAUCAUGUCAGUGAAAUGAUUGCUAAACUAGCUGACUUUUUGCGAUUCAUACGGGAAAUGACAUCGAACUAUCGUCUAAAUGGUCACAAAACAAAUCGCAAUAAUUCAAUUUCGAUUCUAUUUUUGCUCUGCAAUUUAUUGGUGUUUAAAGAAAGUCGAAAUUGCUCUGAAACUGAAUCAACUGAGAGCGUUACAACAACACCAAUGCACAAUGAAUCGAGAAUCGACUUGGAUAUUAGUCAAAAAAUGAGACGCAUAUCAAUUCGCGAAGCUCGAUCACUUUUGAAUCAUCUACAUGAAGACUCACUAUCAAAUACAGCCUCCGAAUCGACAUUGGGCAACUUUGUUACAGCAGUGGAAACCAUAGAUGACAGUCUUUGUAAAAUGGAAUUAGAAUUAGCACUGUUGGAUUUUCCACUAAAACAUUACUAUCCACAAGUCAAUGACUUAAUUGUCUAUGCCUUGAAGAUCGAUACAUUUCCAGACAAGAGUCCCAUCAAAUUAUUACUAAAUUUGACAGAAAUGCUAGAGCCAGUGGUCACUUUACUCAGAGACCCACACACAUGCAAACACGAGAAAAUUUUAUCGUAUGGGUUAAAAUCAAUGGACGUUUUAACAUUGGUCGAAAGCGAAGAUCUCACUCGCCUCCUUUUCAAUGCUAUUACCAGCUUGACGCCGCAAUAUAAUGCAAAUGAAAAACUUCGAGAGGAUGCCGAAACACUUUUUCUCCACAUGUUAUCCUACGGUAGCGUUGAAAUGAAGCGAUUGGUAUAUAAGCUGUCAUCAGAGAAAAUAUCGUUUUUCUUCGGAUGCUUAAUGGAUGGCAAGAAAAGUGUUCCACGAUCGUAUGCAUCAACCACUCACCGAAGUUGUUUGUUUGACAUUCCGAUGACGUCUGAAAUUUUGGCCGAAAUUGUGUGCAGUGGCCUUUACAACGACGAUUCAAAGAUUGCUUCUUAUGCUGAGAUUAUAAUAACUUUAAUUAUUCGAACGAAAAAGCUAUUACCCAAAAAUUGGAAGGACAUUCAAAAUUAUCUGACACCAGUGUUGCCAUUGCUAUUAUGUCAUGGAAAGCAAACGACCACGUUUGGCCAACCAAUUCUUUCGCUCGUUCAUCCGGAUAGCGAGCUACCAACGGUUAUACUGAUCAAAAGUAACAUUGCUUUAUUGUUCUCACGUGAUUCACACACCCAGGCAGAGGCUCUUGAUCGACUGAUUUACUUGACACAAAAUCUACCUAACGCUGAAAUCUACAUGCCAAAUUUGGAUUCAAUUCGCGAUGUCAUUCCGAACAAUGUGUGCAUCGUUGAACCGCUUCGAUAUUCAAAUAACGAAGAUUUAUCCGACAUAUAUGAGAUUCGUCUCAUUGACAAUUUGUUGGCAGUAUUGCAGGAUCCACACACUGAACCAUCGAUUCGACAUUCAACUCUUACACAACUGAAUAUUGUCAUUGAAGAUCCGAUCGCUCUGAAUCAUUUCCAUGAAAUUCACGGUCAUUCAAUUAUUUUGACGGCACUUGAUCGAUCACUACUUGAAAAUUCAACAGAUAAUUAUCCACAUAAUGCAAUUCACAUAAUUGGCAUUUUAUCGAAAAUGUGCAUUCGCAUUCCAUCGUUUCGCCGACAAAUCGAAGAUGAUAUUCAAACAUACAUGCUCAUUUUGCGAUCGUUAUUCCUUUUUCCAACUGAGGAUAAAUUUAGGCGUGAAUGUGCGAUUUUAUUGUUUUCACUCGCAUUUAGCGGCUAUAUUGUUGGUGGUAAUAAAGAAUUCAUAUUACCACCGGUUUGUAAAAAAUUGUUGCUACCAAUCGCAUGUGAAUUUAGCUGGAAAACAACAUUGGAACAUAAUAAUCUUCUCGAAUUAAUUUUGGCAUGUGAAAAUUCAAAUCAUCCAUCCGAUACAAAUUCAAAUCAUACAGAUUUCAGCAAUGAACCAUUAUCGCCACGUGAAUCAAUCAUGAAAAUGCCACAAAUAUGGCGAUACAUUCGAUUAACAUUCAAUGCAUUAUGGUUUGGUUCACUUGAUCAACUAAUUGAUUAUCAAAAAUGUGUAAAGGGAAGCAAAAAUACCGAACUCGAUUAUAAAAUCCAUAAAGAAUCGUUAUCAUUCAAUCGACAAUUGUGCGCAACAUCGACCGAUUUGGAAAUCGUUGAGGGAAUAUCGCAGAAAAAUUGUUUGAAUUACUGGUUAUUGCAAUUGAAAAAUGCCACAACUUGGACACCAGUCACCGUAAGCUGUGCUGCCAUUGAGAAUUUCUCAAAUGUGGACGCCAUUGGACAUCGAAAACACUGGGAUUGUAAACGAUUCUUACAUAGUAUAACACGAUUUUGUACCAUCAUGCCGAAUAAUGCACAAGAUGACAUCGUGUUCAUGAGAAUGUGUCGUCUAUUGUCCAAUCUUGUUGAACGUGAUUUCAUCGAUGUACACAUAUGGAUACUGGAGAAUUUCAAUCAAAAGCAAUGCAUCCACUUGGAUCUCAUCAACAAUUCAAAGGCAUCAACAUCGGUAUUUUUGUGCAACAUUCGGUUUAUUGAAAGUAUCUUAACAAAAACGAUUAAAAUAGAAUCGAAAAAAAUCAUCCAUCAAUUGAUUUAUCGUUCAUCCGACAUGGAACCAUCAGCACAUAAAGUCAAAGGCAACAAUGCCAAAAUGAAACAUAUCAGUAAUUUGUACGAUGACAUUUUUGAUAUUGCCUUAAAACGGAUGGAUGGACUUUUAAGCGAAAAGAAAUUAGAUGAAUUAAAGUGUUUAGUAUCACUUAUUCGGCUUCUGGUCGCCAGUGGAAAAGUGUCAAACAUCAAUUAUACCGCACAAUUUGUCACUAACAAAUUGUUGAAGUUGAUACUGACCAUGUCGUUAAAUUCAUAUGUAGGAGCGAAUUUCAAUAAAGAUUGCCUUCUGGCAAUUAUGAUGAUGAUGACCGGACAGCAUGAGUUUCGAAUUGAGAAAAAAUACAUUAAAUAUCUAUCAACGCUAUGUGGUCACGUUGACUUUCAAAUUCGAACCUAUUCAUGGAGUAUUUUAUUGAAAAUAGCCGACACAUUGGAGGGAGCAAAAGAUUUAGUACAAGAAAUGAAUAGUUUACCGGGUGGCCUAUACGCAUGCUGUUUGAAUACAUUAUUUGAUGAAACCGAAUAUGCAAUUGUACGAGAAAAUGCUGCAAUUGUCUUUGCCACUCUAAUUGGACAUCGAAAUUAUAAAAACGAACUCGAUGAAACACUAUAUCCACAAAAUACCAUCGGAAUGGGAUGUGAAUGGAUCGGUCACCUACUAAAUUGCCAUAAGCUAACUGAAAAAAUUAUAGCAUCCAUAAAAUAUUUGCAUGUGGACGAUAUAAUUGCUGCCGAGCAGUAUACAAACACCGGGAAAAUUGUGUCGUGCAAUUUAAUGCGUUCCUAUUGUUUAAUAUUAACACAUAUUCUACCUCUGAAGGGUGCUGGAGACCCAAAUCCUAUUUACGUUGCAAUGCAUGAAAUCAGCAAAUCGAUACCAAAAAUUCGAGAAUCAGUAAAUAAGUCGUCGAUUUUACUACUGAUGGAGAUAAGUGAAUUGAUUUUACAGUGUUUUGUUCACAAAAGGUCGCUUGUCGAACUUAUCGUUCGAGAAUUCCAUGUUAUCCAGUGUCUCAUUUCAUUUCUAAAUGUGGAUUUAUUAGAAUCAAUUCCAAAGUCAAUAAAACAUAUCUGUUGGCCAAGAAUACUGAAAGUUAUUCGACGAGUGGCUCUGUCUUCAGUUGGUUUUGCAACCAUUUGCGAGAUCUUCAAUCAAGACGCUGAGUUAAUGGCUGGUACAGUAACACUCUUCAUCUACGGAUUAUCUGAUAAAGAUAUGAAUAUGCCAAUCAUGCGGUUUAUAACCGAUUUGAUGAUCAUAAGCCAGGCAACCAAUUACAGUUUCAUGACAUUCGCCGAUCAUCUUAAUGAAAUGACACUACCGCCAAGUGUUAAAAAUUCGUCAAAAAAAUUCAUUUUCCAUACAGACAUCAUAUCACAAUCGGUUGUAAAUUGGUUGGAAAUGCCCGAUUCCGAUCCAUCAUCGGAUGGAGUGUGUGCGGCUGAAAUUAUCUUCAGGCAACUUGUCAAUUUCUUUGAAAAGUUCAACGAUAAUUCACAAAUCAAGCCGUCGCCAAGUGCAAAUAAGGAGAAGUGUUACGAAUUAUGUUGUAAGACAUUGGAAACGUUAUUAAAAUGCUCUGAAAAAUCAAGAUUAAUUGCAACACAAGAAAGAUUCAUGUUAUCCAUUGUUGAUCAAAUGGAAAAUAUCUAUGUGUGCAUCGGUGGUAGUUUUACGGACUAUACUCGCAAAAGUGGAAAUGCCAAGGCUGAAAAAUAUAUUGAAAAACUAAAACAUCUGCUGCACCUCAUUCUAUGUUGGUACUGUGAUGAUUGUUUGCAAGAUGUGGAAUGCAUUCAACCGAUUAUAGGAUCUUGUCAGAAAUUUUGGCCAAGCAUUGGCAUAAAGACUGAACUUCAAACUGUAUUUUUGAAAAUGCUACUUUAUCUCAGCAACAAUUCAUUGCCAGUGUGUAAAACGCUUAGCACUUCUCCGCCGUUCUCAGUUGGUUCGUCCGUCUUUUUACAUUCCAUUAUCGAAUAUUGCGUAGCUGAAACUGGCAAACCAAAAACCGAACAAACAAAAAUGGAAACAUUUCAAUUGGCAAUGCAAAUUGUGACCAAUUGCUGUUGUUGCAUCGAGGGCCGUGUACUUAUAACGAAGUCACGUAUGUUAUUCACGGUGAGUCGACUUCAUCCACAAGUUACUCGAAACCAAAAGCCAUGGCCGCAUAUCACAAAUCUAUGGCUUAAAUUAUUCGAAGUUUUUACUCGUCACGCCGAUGCCAGCAAGGAAGCUCAUUUAGAUCUAUUGUGCAAUCUGGCUGAAUCUUCAUACACGAAAAAUCGUCGUUUGGCCUUGGAAAUUCUUCGAAAUAUGUCAUUCAAUCCAGAGAAUCGUGCUGCAUUACUUUCGUCCGAUAAAUUUCAUCGUGUCAUGUACACCGUUCUUGAUAAGAAUGAAAUUGGCGACGAGCAACUGCUGAUUUUGGUUGCAAUCUGGAAAUUAGUUGCAAAAAAUGCCAAAGGCAAGAAUAUUAUAAAAAAUAGUUUGAUAUCGACAAAGCUGCGGGCUGUUAGAGAAAACGUUGUACGAUACAUGACCGAUAGAAGACUUACUCCGAAAUUAUGCGACGAUAACGACAUCAACUCAACCAAUGAAACAAUUGAAGAUUUAAAAGUGGCCAUUGAUCAUGUUAUAAAUAUUUUAAACAUUUAAAACAAAACUAAUUACAUUCGCCAAAGUACAAAGAAUAUAAGCUUGACGACUGUGAUUAAGAAUGUCUGAUUCCCGUGCGCAUUAAUCCAAUCACAUUUUUUUCUAUUUUCAUAAAAUGCACAAUUUAAAUAAGACAAAUAUGUUAAGUAUAUCAACCAUUAUACCUGAUUAUCAUUAGUGGGAGUAGCAUAGCUAAAAUAAAUGAAUCGUUUU